AUGUCUUUCACGCAAUCUUCGCAAGGCACCCAUGCCACAAGGGAGGCCACCUUCGAAGAACAAAAGUUCAUCACAGACAUCCUGAAGCUGUACCAAUUGGAUCCAAAUGAGCAGAGUUAUUCUCAUUAUGCUGAGACUGCCAUCUUCCAUGACCCCGUCAGUAUUGCUAAGGGCAAGGAGAGCAUCAUGUCGCAAUUCAAUGGAAUGCCUAAGAUCUUUGCUCGUAGCGAUACCAAAGAGGUCGCAGUUCUCGCUUCAUCAACACCUUCUGAGUUGCAACUAAACUUGACACAACACUAUGUUUUCAAGUCGCCGAUUCCGUUCAAGAAGGAGGGUACCGAGAAGACUGUCAACAGCAAGUUGACCUUCAAGCUUAACGGUCAAGGAAAAAUCGAAGAGCACAUUGAGGAGUGGGACCACGAGGGUAACAAGACUGCCGACGAUGGUUUCAUGGGCAAGCUCCAGGAGCAGCGCAAGAAGAUGGAUGCUAAGCUUGUCGAAUCGACAGUCUCGAGCGAUCCCUCAAAGGCAUAG